AUGACGGGAGAAAAAUAUUUGCCAUUGGAUGAGAAUUGUCAUUCCGAUUCUUUAUUUUCUUUAUCAUUCCAAUUUUUUCUUAGUCAUUUUAUUUUCUCUUUAUUUUUCUUUUGUCAUUCUAUUUUCCUUUUUUGUUAUUCUCAUACUGUCGUUUUCCUUUUUUUAAUAAUUUUCAUUUUUUCCUUUUUUUCCUUCUUCCUCAUUUUAAUUCUUACCUUCGUUUUUCUUUCUUUUUCUUUCCUAUUUUCUUAUUACUUACAAAUAUUUCCAUUCUUUCUUUUUUCUUUCUUCUUCGUCAUUUCAAUUCUUACUUUUUUUUUCCUUCCCAUUUUCUUUCUUAUUAUUUAUAAAUCAUUUCAAUUUUUUCUUUUUUUUUCGCCUUUUCAAUUCUUUCUUUUUUCUUUCUUUUUCCCUGAGAUUUUCGUUCUUGUUAUGUAUAAAUCAUUUCCAUUCUUUCUUUCUUUUUUCUUUCUUUUUCGCCAUUUCUGUGCUUUUUUCUUUCUUUUUCCUUGCCAUUUUCUUUCUUAUUAUGUAUAA